AUGUCCUGCUCCAGCCUGUGUGCCCCUUCCUGCGGGGUGGCCGCCCCGUGCCCGCUGGCUGACACCACCAACAAGCCCUGCGUGCAUCGGUGCCAGAGCUCCACGGUGGUGAUCCAGCCCCCGGCUUCGGUGGUCACCUUCCCUGGACCCAUCCUCAGCUCCUUCCCACAGCACAGCGCGGUGGGGUCAGCAGCAGACCCCGCCAUUGCCGGGUGCUAUGGCAACAGUUUUGAAGGCUAUGGUAGAUUUGGAGGCUAUGGAGGCUAUAGGGCCUAUGGAGGCCUUGGUGGCUAUGGACGCUUUGGGGACUAUGGUACCUAUGGAGGCUAUGAACGCCUUGGUGGCUAUGGAGGCUUUGGGGGCGAUGGUAGCUGUGGAGGCUACGGAGGCCUUGGUGGCUAUGGGGGCUAUGGAGGCUAUGGUAACUGUGGUGGCUACAGAGGCUUUGGUGGCUACAGAGGCUAUGGGGGCUUCGGAUAUGGAGGCUGGGGCCGAGGCCUUGUGUCCUUCGGUGCCAGCUGUGGGAGCUGCUAA